AUGGAAAAAGACAACUCAGAGGAAGGAGAGAUUCUUCAUUCCCUGUUCGCCCGCAAGAUUGUUCGAAUCAGUGAUAGUCUUGUAGUGAAAAAAGGCCCAGAUCUUCGAGCCCACGAAGUAUCAAAUCUUCGAUUCGUUGCCGCGAACACAACAAUCCCUGUGCCGAAGGUGCACGAUGUUCAGUAUGAAAAUGGCAAAGUCACAGCCAUCAUCAUGGACAAUAUGCCUGGCAAACGACUGGACGAACUAUCUGUUGCUGAACAACUCCGUGACUAUAUCACUCAGUUACGAAACCUCAAGGGCACCUACAUUGGAGGUGCUGAUGGUGGAACUGCCAUCACAGACAAAUACAUCUCAAUUGAAGGAGGCCCAUUUGAAUCUGAGCGGAUGUUCAAGAAGUGGAUUCUUGAAGACCUUGCGCCAGGCCUACCUGGAAUCUACCAACACUUUGCGGAGCAUGCAUUAACGAAUGAUCAUGAAAUUUUCUUCACUCAUUCUGAUUUCGCUACUCGCAAUAUUCUUGUUGAUGACUCGGACUCGGGGAAAUGCGAGGUCACUGCUAUCCUUGACUGGGAGUGGUCUGGAUGGUACCAAGAGUACUGGGAAUACUACAAGGCAUAUCGGAAUUUACUACCCAUGCCCGACUGGCCUGAUUACCUCGUCCGCAUUUUCCCACCCAAGUAUGAAAAAGAGUACAUUGCCAUGUCUUGGUUGUCAGGUUUUGGUCGCAGUUGA